UUUCAGGUAAAACAACUUUAAAAAAGGCAUCUAUGAAUGAUUUAAAAAAUAAAAUUUACCAAAGGACAAGUUCGAAAUUUAAUACACGCUAAAAAUGGAUUUAUCCGAAAGAAUUGUCAAAUGGUCUCAAAGUCUCUCAAAGAUGGACCGUCCUUAUAAGGGCUCCCACUUUGCUGACCAUGGCCUCGAGGGCUCAGUGAUUGACGUCCCUUUGAUGAGACAGCCGUCGGUCAUCGUGAGGAUCAGGGAGGCGAGGAGGCAAUCCAAGGGACCGAUCAACUUCUUCUCGAAGAGCGUGGCCAUCAUCAUGUCGACCGUUUGUUUCACUGUGUUGAUGACGCUGAUCUGGGCGGUACCUAUAACCAAGGUGAGUUCGAUGCCCUGAUGACGCUGAUCUGGUCAGUACCUGUAACCAUGGUGAGUUCGAUGUCCUGAUGACGCUGACCUGGUCGGUACCUGUAACCAUGGUGAGUUCGAUGUCCUGAUGACGCUGAUCUGGUCGGUACCUAUAACCAAGGUGAGUUCGAUGUCCUGAUGACGCUGACCUGGUCGGUACCUGUAACCAUGGUGAGUUCGAUGUCCUGAUGACGCUGACCUGGUCGGUACCUGUAACCAUGGUGAGUUCGAUGUCCUGAUGACGCUGAUCUGGUCGGUACCUAUAACCAAGGUGAGUUCGAUGUCCUGAUGACGCUGACCUGGUCGGUACCUGUAACCAUGGUGAGUUCGAUGUCCUGAUGACGCUGACCUGGUCGGUACCUGUAACCAUGGUGAGUUCGAUGUCCUGAUGACGCUGAUCUGGUCGGUACCUAUAACCAAGGUGAGUUCGAUGUCCUGAUGACGCUGACCUGGUCGGUACCUGUAACCAAGGUGAGUUCGAUGUCCUGAUGACGCUGACCUGGUCGGUACCUGUAACCAUGGUGAGUUCGAUGUCCUGAUGACGCUGAUCUGGUCGGUACCUAUAACCAAGGUGAGUUCAAUGUCCUGAUGAAGCUGAUCUGGUCAGUACCUAUAACCAAGGUGAGUUCGAUGUCCUGAUGACGCUGAUCUGGUCAGCACCUAUAACCAAGGUGAGUUCGAUGUCCUGAUGACGCUGAUCUGGUCGGUACCUAUAACCAAGGUGAGUUCAAUGUCCUGAUGACGCUGAUCUGGUCAGUACCUAUUACCAAGGUGAGUUCGAUGUCCUGAUGACGCUGAUCUGGUCAGUACCUAUAACCAAGGUGAGUUCCAUGUCCUGAUGAUGCUGAUCUGGUCGGUACCUAUAACCAAGGUGAGUUCGAUGUCCUGAUGACGCUGAUCUGGUCGGUACCUAUAACCAAGGUGAGUUGGAUGUCCUGAUGACGCUGAUCUGGUCGGUACCUAUAACCAUGGUGAGUUCGAUGUCCUGAUGACGCUGAUAUUUUCGGUACCUGUAACCAAGGUGAGUUCGAUGUCCUGAUGAUGCUGAUCUGGGCGGUACCUGUAACCAAGGUGAGUUCGAUGUCCUGAUGACGCUGAUCUGGUCAGUACCUAUAACAACGGGGAGUUCGAUGUCCUGAUGAUGAUGAUCUGGUCGGUACCUGUAACCAAGGUGAGUUCGAUGUCCUGAUGACGCUGAUCUGGUCAGUACCUGUAACAACGGGGAGUUCGAUGUCCUGAUGAUGAUGAUCUAGUCGGUACCUAUAACCAAGGUGAGUUCGAUGUCCUGAUGACGCUGAUAUGGUCAGUACCUAUAACCAAGGUGAGCACGAUGUCCUGAUGUCACUGAUCUGGUCAGUACCUAUAACCAAGGUGAGUUCGAUGUCCUGAUGAUGAUGAUCUGGUCGGUACCUGUAACCAAGGUGAGUUCAAUGUCCUGAUGAUGCUGAUCUGGUCAGUACCUAUAACCAAGGUGAGUUCGAUGUCCUGAUGAUGCUGAUCUGGUCGGUACCUAUAACCAAGGUGAGUUCGAUGUCCUGAUGAUGCUGAUCUGGUCAGUACCUAUAACCAAGGUGAGUUCGAUGUCCUGAUGAUGCUGAUCUGGUCGGUACCUAUAACCAAGGUGAGUUCGAUGUCCUGAUGAUGAUGAUCUGGUCAGUACCUAUAACCAAGGUGAGUUCGAUGUCCUGAUGACGCUGAUCUGGUCGGUACCUAUAACAAAGGUGAGUUAGAUGUCCUGAUGACGCUGAUAUUGUCGGUACCUGUAACCAAGGUGAGUUCGAUGUCCUGAUGACGCUGAUCUGGUCGGUACCUAUAACCAAGGUGAGUUCGAUGUCCUGAUGACGCUCAUCUGGUCGGUACCUAUAACCAAGGUGAGUUCAAUGUCCUGAUGACGCUGAAAUGGUCAGUACCUAUAACCAAGGUGAGCUCGAUGUCCUGAUGUCACUGAUCUAGUCAGUACCUAUAACCAAGGUGAGUUCGAUGUCCUGAUGACGCUGAUCUGGUCGGUACCUAUAACCAAGGUGAGUUCGAUGUCCUGAUGACGCUCAUCUGGUCGGUACCUAUAACCAAGGUGAGUUCAAUGUCCUGAUGACGCUGAAAUGGUCAGUACCUAUAACCAAGGUGAGCUCGAUGUCCUGAUGUCACUGAUCUGGUCAGUACCUAUAACCAAGGUGAGUUCGAUGUCCUGAUGACGCUGAUCUGGUCGGUACCUGUAACCAAGGUGAGUUCGAUGUCCUGAUGAUGCUGAUCUGGUCAGUACCUAUAACCAAGGUGAGUUCGAUGUCCUGAUGACGCUCAUCUGGUCAGUACCUAUAACCAAGGUGAGUUCGAUGUCCUGAUGACGCUGAUAUGGUCAGUACCUAUAACCAAGGUGAGUUCGAUGUCCUGAUGUCACUGAUCUGGUAAGUACCUAUAACCAAGGUGAGUUCGAUGUCCUGAUGACGCUGAUAUGGUCAGUACCUAUAACCAAGGUGAGUUCGAUGUCCUGAUGACGUUGAUAUGGUCAGUACCUAUAACCAAGGUGAGUUCGAUGUCCUGAUGAUGAUGAUCUGGUUGGCACAUAUAACCAAGGUGAGUUCGAUGUCCUGAUGACGCUGAACUGUUUGGCACCUAUAACCAAGGUGAGUUCGAUGUCCUGAUUACGCUGAUCUGGUUGGCACCUAUAACCAAGGUGAGUUCGAUGCCCUGACGUCACUGAUCUGGUUGGCACCUAUAACCAAGGUGAGUUCGAUGUCCUGAUGACGCUGAUCUGGUCAGUACCUAUAACAACGGGGAGUUCGAUGUCCUGAUGAUGAUGAUCUCGUCGGUACCUGUAACCAAGGUGAGUUCGAUGUCCUGAUGACGCUGAUUUUGUCGGUACCUGUAACCAAGGUGAGUUCAAUGUCCUGAUGAUGCUGAUCUGGUCGGUACCUGUAACCAAGGUGAGUUCGAUGUCCUGAUGAUGCUGAUCUGGUCAGUACCUAUAACCAAGUUGAGUUCGAUGUCCUGAUGACGCUGAUCUUGUCGUUAUCUGCAAACAAGGUGAGUUCGAUGUCCUGAUGACGCUGAUCUGGUCGGUAUCUAUAACCAAGGUGAGUUCGAUGUCCUGAUGAUGCUGAUCUGGUCAGUACCUAUAACCAAGUUGAGUUCGAUGUCCUGAUGACGCUGAUCUUGUCGUUAUCUGCAAACAAGGUGAGUUCGAUGUCCUGAUGACGCUGAUCUGGUCGGUAUCUAUAACCAAGGUGAGUUCGAUGUCCUGAUGAUGCUGAUCUGGUUGGUAUCUGUAACCAAGGUGAGUUCGAUGUCCUGAUGAUGCUGAUCUGGUCAGUACCUAUAACCAAGGUGAGUUCGAUGUCCUGAUGACGCUGAUCUGGUCGGUACCUAUAACCAAGGUGAGUUCGAUGUCCUGAUGACGCUGAUCUGGUCGGUUAAUGUAACCAAGGUGAGUUCGAUGUCCUGAUGACGCUGAUCUGGUCAGUACCUAUAACCAAGGUGAGUUCGAUGUCCUGAUGACGCUCAUCUGGUCGGUACCUAUAACCAAGGUGAGUUCGAUGUCCUGAUGACGCUGAUAUGUUCAGUACCUAUAACCAAGGUGAGCUCGAUGUCCUGACAUCACUGAUCUGGUCAGUACCUAUAACCAAGGUGAGUUCGAUGUCCUGAUGAUGAUGAUCUGGUCGGUACCUGUAACCAAGGUGAGUUCGAUGUCCUGAUGACGCUGAUCUGGUCGGUACCUGUAACCAAGGUGAGUUCGAUGUCCCGAUGAUGCUGAUCUGGUCGGUACCUGUAACCAAGGUGAGUUAAAUGUCCUGAUGAUGCUGAUCUGGUCAGUACCUAUAACCAAGGUGAGUUCGAUGUCCUGAUGACGCUGAUCUGGUCGGUACCUGCAACCAAGGUGAAUUCGAUGUCCUGAUGACGCUGAUCUGGUCGGUACCUAUAACCAAGGUGAGUUAGAUGUCCUGAUGAUGCUGAUCUGGUUGGUAUCUGUAACCAAGGUGAGUUCGAUGUUCUGAUGAUGCUGAUCUGGUCGGUACCUAUUACCAAGGUGAGUUCGAUGUCCUGAUGACGCUGAUCUGGUCGGUACCUGUAACCAAGGUGAGUUCGAUGUCCUGAUGACGCUGAUAUUUUCGGUACCUGUAACCAAGGUGAGUUCGAUGUCCUGGUGACGCUGAUCUGGUCGGUACCUAUAACCAAGGUGAGUUCGAUGUCCUGAUGACGCUCAUCUGGUUGGUACCUAUAACCAAGGUGAGUUCAAUGUCCUGAUGACGCUGAUAGGGUCAGUACCUAUAACCAAGGUGAGCUCGAUGUCCUGAUGUCACUGAUCUAGUCAGUACCUAUAACCAAGGUGAGUUCGAUGUCCUGAUGACGCUGAUCUGGUCGGUACCUAUAACCAAGGUGAGUUCGAUGUCCUGAUGACGCUCAUCUGUUCUGUACUUAUAACCAAGGUGAGUUCGAUGUCCUGAUGACGCUGAUAUGGUCAGUACCUAUAACCAAGGUGAGUUCGAUGUCCCGAUGACGCUCAUCUGUUCUGUACUUAUAACCAAGGUGAGUUCGAUGUCAUGAUGACGCUGAUAUGGUCAGUACCUAUAACCAAGGUGAGUUCGAUGUCCUGAUGUCAGUGAUCUGGUCACUACCUGUAACCAAGGUGAGUUCGAUGUCCUGAUGACGCAUUAUUAUCAGUACCUAUAACCAAGGUGAGUUCGAUGUCCUGAUGACGCUGAUAUGGUCAGUACCUAUAACCAAGGUGAGUUCGAUGUCCUGAUGAUGAUGAUCUCGUUGGCACAUAUAAACAAGCUGAGUUCGAUGUCCUGAUGACGCUGAACUGUUUGGCACCUAUAACCAAGGUGAGUUCGAUGUCCUGAUGACGCUGAUCUGGUUGGCACCUAUAACCAAGGUGAGUUUGAUUUUCUGACGUCACUGAUCUGGUUGGCACCUAUAACCAAGGUGAGUUCGAUGCCCUGAUGUCACUGAUAUGGUUUGCACCUAUAACCAAGGUGAGUUCGAUGUCCUGAUGUCACUGAUCUGAACGGUACCUAUAACCAAGGUGAGUUCGAUGUCCUGAUGUCAACGAUCUGGUUGGCACCAAUAACCAAGGUGAGUUCGAUGUCCUGAUGUCACUGAUCUGAACCAUACCUAUAACCAAGGUGAGUUCGAUGUCCUGAUGUCACUGAUCUGUUUGGUACCUAUAACCAUGUGAGUUCGAUGCCCUGAUAACGCUGAUCUUGUCAGUACCUAUAACCAAGGUGAGAUCAAUGUCCUGUUGACGCUGAUCUGGUCAGUACCUAUAACCAAGGUGAGUUCGAUGUCCUGAUGACGCUGAUCUGGUCAGCACCUAUAACCAAGGCUAGUUCGAUGCCCUGAUGACGCUGAUAUGUUCAGUACCUAUAACCAAGGUGAGUUCGAUGUCCUGAUGACGCUGAUCUGGUCGGUACCUAUAACCAAGGUGAGUUCGAUGUCCUGAUGACGCUGAUCUGGUCAGUACCUAUAACCAAGGUGAGUUCGAUGUCCUGAUGACGCUGAUCUGGUCGGUACCUAUAACCAAGGUGAGUUCGAUGUCCUGAUGACGCUGAUCUGGUCAGUACCUAUAACCAAGGUGAGUUCGAUGUCCUGAUGACGCUGAUCUGGUCAGCACCUAUAACCAAGGCUAGUUCGAUGCCCUGAUGACGCUGAUAUGUUCAGUACCUAUAACCAAGGUGAGUUUGAUGUCCUGAUGACGCUGAUCUGGUAAGUACCUAUAACCAAGUUGAGUUCGAUGUCCUGAUGACGCUGAUCUGGUCGGUACCUAUAACUAAUUUGAGUUCGAUGUCCUGAUGACGCUGAUCUGGUCAGUACCUAUAGCCAAGGUGAGUUCGAUGUCCUGAUGAUGCUGAUCUGGUAAGUACCUAUAACCAAGGUGAGUUCGAUGUCCUGAUGACGCUGAUCUUGUCAGUACCUAUAACCAAGGUGAGUUCGAUGUCCUGAUGACGCUGAUCUGGUCGGUACCUAUAACUAAUUUGAGUUCGAUGUCCUGAUGGCGCUGAUCUGGUCAGUACCUAUAACCAAGGUGAGUUCGAUGUCCUGAUGAUGCUGAUCUGGUCAGUACCUAUAAACAAGGUGAGUUCGAUGUCCUGAUGUUGCUGAUCUGGUCAGUACCUAUAACCAAGGUGAGUUCGAUGUACUGAUGAUGCUGAUCUGGUCAGUACCUAUAAACAAGGUGAGUUCGAUGUCCUGAUGUUGCUGAUCUGGUCAGUACCUAUAACCAAGUUGAGUUCGAUUUCCUGAUGUUGCUGAUCUGGUCAGUACCUAUAAACAAGGUGAGUUCGAUGUCCUGAUGACGCUGAUCUGGUCGGUACCUAUAACCAAGGUGAGUUCGAUGUCCUGAUGAUGCUGAUCUGGUCAGUACCUAUAAACAAGGUGAGUUCGAUCUCCUGAUGAGGCUGAUCUGUUCGGUACCUAUAACCAAGGUGAGUUCGAUGUCCUGAUGUCACUGAUCUGGUUGGCACCUAUAACCAAGGUGAGUUCGAUGUCCUGAUGAUGCUGAUCUGUUUGGUACCUAUAACCAUGGUGAGUUCGAUGUCCUGAUGACGCUGAUCUGGUCGGUACCUGUAACCAAGGUGAGUUCGAUGUCUUGACGAUGCUGAUCUGUUCGGUACCUAUAACCAAGGUGAGUUCGAUGUCCUGAUGACGCUGAUCUGGUCGGUACCUAUAACCAAGGUGAGUUCGAUGUCCUGAUGACGCUGAUCUGGUCAGUACCUAUAACCAAGGUGAGUUCGAUGUCCUGAUGACGCUGAUCUGGUCAGUACCUAUAACCAAGUUGAGUUCGAUGUCCUGAUGACGCUGAUCUGGUCAGCACCUAUAACCAAGGCUAGUUCGAUGUCCUGAUGACGCUGAUCUGGUCGGUACCUGUAACCAAGGUGAGUUCGAUGUCCUGAUGAUGCUGAUCUGUUCGGUACCUAUAACCAAGGUGAGUUCGAUGUCCUGAUGAUGCUGAUCUGUUCGGUACAUAUAACCAAGGUGAGUUCGAUGUCCUGAUGAUGCUGAUCUGUUCGGUACCUAUAACCAAGGUGAGUUCGAUGUCCUGAUGACGCUGAUCUAGUCGGUACCUAUAACCAAGGUGAGUUCGAUGUCCUGAUGACGCUGAUCUGGUCGGUACCUAUAACCAAGGUGAGUUCGAUGUCCUGAUGACGCUGAUCUUGUCGGUACCUAUAACCAAGGUGAGUUCGAUGUCCUGAUGACGCUGAUCUGGUCGGUACCUAUAUCCAAGGUGAGUUCGAUGUCCUGAUGAUGCUGAUCUGUUCGGUACCUAUAACCAAGGUGAGUUCGAUGUCCUGAUGACGCUGAUCUGGUCGGUACCUAUAACCAAGGUGAGUUCGAUUUCCUGAUGUCACUGAUCUGGUUGGCACCUAUAACCAAGGUGAGUUCGAUGUCCUGAUGAUGCUGAUCUGUUCGGUACCUAUAACCAAGGUGAGUUCGAUGUCCUGAUGAUGCUGAUCUGUUCGGUACCUAUAACCAAUGUGAGUUCGAUGUCCUGAUGAUGCUGAUCUGUUCGGUACCUAUAACCAAGGUGAGUUCGAUGUCCUGAUGAUGCUGAUCUGUUCGGUACCUAUAACCAAGGUGAGUUCGAUGUCCUGAUGACGCUGAUCUGGUCGGUACCUGUAACCAAGGUGAGUUCGAUGUCCUGAUGACGCUGAUCUGUUCGGUACCUAUAACCAAGGUGAGUUCGAUGUCCUGAUGUCACUGAUCUGGGCGGCACCUAUAACCAAGGUGAGUUCGAUGUCCUGAUGUCAUUGAUCUGGUUGGCACCUAUAACCAUGGUGAGUUUGAUGUCCUUAUGUCACUGAUCUUGUUGGCACCUAUAACCAAGGUGAGUUCGAUGUCCUGAUGAUGCUGAUCUGUUCGGUACCUAUAACCAAGGUGAGUUCGAUGUCCUGAUGAUGCUGAUCUAUUCGGUACCUAUAACCAAGGUGAGUUCGAUGUCCUGAUGACGCUGAUCUGUUCGGUACCUAUAACCAAGGUGAGUUCGAUGUGCUGAUGAUGCUGAUCUGUUCGGUACCUAUAACCAAGGUGAGUUCGAUGUCCUGAUGUCACUGAUCUGGUUGGCACCUAUAACCAAGGUGAGUUCGAUGUCCUGAUGUCACUGAUCUGGUUGGCACCUAUAACCAAGGUGAGUUCGAUGUCCUGAUGACGCUGAUCUGUUCGGUACCUAUAACCAAGGUGAGUUCGAUGUCCUGAUGAUGCUGAUCUGUUCGGUACCUGUAACCAUGGUGAGUUCGAUGUCCUGAUGUCACUGAUCUGGUUGGCACCUAUAACCAAGGUGAGUUCGAUGUCCUGAUGUCACUGAUCUGGUUGGCACCUAUAACCAAGGUGAGUUCGAUGUCCUGAUGAUGCUGAUCUGUUCGGUACCUAUAACCAAGGUGAGUUCGAAGGCCUGAUGUUGCUUAUCUGUCCAUACCUGUAACUUAGGUCAGUUCGUUAGCUGAUGGCGCUAUUCUUGUUUACACCCAUUGUCAAGGUCAAUUUACUGCGGGGUGUCACUUGGGUUCAGAUGGCAACACACAGUGAGAAAGUUGUAAUGCCAGAAGAUAUAAUGGCUGUCGUAAUCUUAAAACGUGCAUCGCAAUUCAUUUCAUUAUUUUAUACAUGAAUUUUUUUUACAGUAAACAUAUUGUAUAAUAACAUAUUAAAUUACCAAGUUUAAAAAGUGCCAAAUGAAAUUUGUCAUGGACGUCAAAGAGAAUAACAACUUAAUUAUCUGGAAAGAAACUUACCCCAAAGGUUUUCCGUUUUUAAAUAUAUAUUUUUUUCUUUAACGUCAAUGAAUUGACUUUUGUGCCAUCUAUAGCAACGAUUGUCUAGAAAAGCUCCCCUCCACAUACCAUUAUUUGUGAUUCUUUCCAACAAAUUUCCCUGGCAACGAAUGUUACGAUGAUUGAACUUAUUUGUGAUUCUGUUCAAUAGAUUGCCCUGGGCACCGUGUAUAUCGGUGACUGUCCGGCAAGACCUGAGAUCCCCUUUUUUCUCAUCGUGUCCGGAGCAGUGUCCACUGCAAGGGAUUUCUUCGCUAUCUUGAUGAGGUGUGUCUUCACCGAGGAGCAGUACUUCCGACACGAACUCAAGCUAGGAUGUUUCGUGAUAUUUAUUGAAAUGAUUGAUGUAGGACUCCUGGCCUAUGGUAAGAUUUGAAGUGUCGUGAUAUUUAUUGAAAUGAUUGAUGUAGGACUCCUGGCCUAUGGUAAGAUUUGACGUGUCGUGAUAUUUAUUGAAAUGAUUGAUGUAGGACUCCUGGCCUAUUAAAAGAUUUCACGUGUCGUGAUAUUUAUUGAAAUGAUUGAUGUAGGACUCCUGGCCUACGUAAGAUUUGAAGUGUCGUGAUAUUUAUUGAAAUGAUUGAUGUAGGACUCCUGGCUUAUUAAAAGAUUUCACGUGUCGUGAUAUUUAUUGAAAUGAUUGAUGUAGGACUCCUGGCCUAUGGUAAGAUUUGACGUGUCGUGAUAUUUAUUGAAAUGAUUGAUGUAGGACUCCUUGGCUAUGGUAAGAUUUGACGUGUCGUGAUAUUUAUUGAAAUGUUUGAUGUAGGACUCCUGGCCUAUGGUAAGAUUUGAAGUGUCGUGAUAUUUAUUGAAAUAAUUGAUGUAGGACGUUUUUUCUUAACAUAAGCGUUGAUAUGAAUUUUGUAAAGCAAUUUUGAUCUCUUAGUGAUAAUGAAGUUUUGUUUGUGAAAGUAUGAAAAGUAUGGACGAAAAAAAGUCUUUUUGAUAGAUAAAAUUAAUUUUAUUUAUGUUUUUCUUCCUUCCAUCACAAAGUUGUGAAGCUAGAUUGCCAAGGCGAAAUUUUCUAUGGAAAGUAUCAUUUACCAAGCAGCAGAGCUUUCCUUUUUCACACAAUCGUUAAACACAAGUUAAAAUCAUAUGGAAGAUGUAACACUAUAAUGUAGAAAUACAUGUUUUUAAACUACACGAGUACCUAUUUACCAUACAACUCAACUCACUUACCAAAUCUCACAAAAUAUCACACCUUAUUUACCACAUCUCACAAACUAUUCGAAACCCUACAUACAACAUCUCACAAACUAGCACACCCUACUUACCACAUCUCACAAAAUAUCACACCCCACUAACCACGUCUCACAAACAAUCACACCCCACUUACCACAUCUCACAAAAUAUCACACCCCACUAACCACGUCUCACAAACAAUCACACCCCACUUACCACAUCUCACAAAAUAUCACACCCCACUAACCACAUCUCACAAACAAUCAAACCCCACUUACCACAUCUCACAAACUAUCACAUCCCACUAACCACAUCUCACAAACUAACACACCCUAAUUUCCACAUCUCACAAACUAUCACAUCCCACUAACCACAUCUCACAAACUAUCACAUCGCACUAACCACAUCUCACAAACUAUCACAUCCCACUAACCACAUCUCACAAACUAUCACAUGCAACUUACCAAAUCUCACAAACUAUCAUACCCCACUUGCCACAUCUCACAAACUAUCAUACUUCACUUACUACAUCUCACAAACUAUCAUACACAACUUACCACAUCUCACAAACUAUCAUACACCACUUACCACAUCUCACAAACUAUCAUACUCCACUUACCAAAUAUCACAAACUAUCAUACCCAACUUGCCACAUCUCACAAACUAUCAUACACCACUUACCAAUCUCAAAAACUAUCACAUGCCACUUACCAAAUCUCACAAACUAUCAUACCCCACUUGCCACAUCUCACAAACUAUAAUACACCACUUAGCACAGCUCACAAACUAUCAUACUCCACUUACCACAUCUCACAAACUAUCACACGCCACUUACCACAUCUCACAAACUAUCAUACUCCACUUACCACAUCUCACAAACUAUCAUACACCACUGGCUCUAAAUCCCACCCAUUUAAUUCGAUCUUACAUCUCAUGCAAAUCACUUAACGCGCUUUAGCAUACUCCUACUUUAUGGAAUAUAUCCCACACAUAUUUUUAAACAUUUUUCCUAUAACCGCUGGACACACAACACAUGUUUUGGCCAAAGUUACAAUUGGUGUAUACAUACAGUGUUCAUAGGGGACCCUGUCAAGGGUAUGAGAAUCACAGUUCCUAUGGAAAAGAUAUUUAGUGUAGGGAGUAUACACAUAGCUGUGUCUAUUGUGUUGAGAUUUUUGGGACGUAUUUGCGUGAGAGGAAAUGACGUGUUAGUUUUGUGGUUGUUAUUGUGGGACGAUGGCCGCGCAGUAGAGCUGGAUGAUAGUCACGGUCUAACCUCUUGUGUGUUGCUGAGUGUUUUAACCCUAGCUGUCUCCAUACAGUAAAUAAACAGAUAGCGUGAACCGGUUUUAGCAUAGUUAUAUUAAAAUUGGUUGUGAUACUGUGAGAGACAAUACCUAAACAAAUAGUCAUCUGAUAUUAAGAUGAGACGACGAUUCAACGUUGAGGUCUACAUCUCGACAGGCUUCAACUGUCAUCCCUGCCACCCAAGAGUUCAUGAAGCACCCCAACUGUCAUCCCUGCCACCCAACAGUUCAUGAAGCACCCCAACUGUCAUCCCUGCCACCCAAGAGUUCAUAAAGCACCCCAACUGUCCCUGCCGCCCAAGAGUUCAUAAAGCACCCCAACUGUCAUCCCUGCCACCCAAGAGUUCAUGAAGCACCCCAACUGUCAUCCCUGCCACCCAAGAGUUCAUGAAGCACCCCAACUGUCAUCCCUGCCACCCAAGAGUUCAUGAAGCACCCCAACUGUCAUCCCUGCCACCCAAGAGUUCAUAAAGCACCCCAACUGUCCCUGCCGCCCAAGAGUUCAUAAAGCACCCCAACUGUCCCUGCCGCCCAAGAGUUCAUGAAGCACCCCAACUGUCCCUGCCGCCCAAGAGUUCAUGAAGCACCCCAACUGUCCCUGCCGCCCAAGAGUUCAUAAAGCACCCCAACUGUCCCUGCCGCACACUCAUAAAAUGUUUAAUGUUGUUCACAUUUGCACUAAUUUUUUAUUUAAUAUUUCCCCAAGGUUCGUACAUCAUCUUCGGCCUGACGAACUGGAACUUCGAAGAGAACAGUCCCCGCUACUGCAGGCCUGCCCUCUACUGGUUCGCCUUCUGGGUCACUGCGGGCGCCCUGGUCACCUUGGCCACGCUGAUAAGCCUCUGCUGCUGCGUGGCCUGCACGUUGCCGCUCAGGGACGAGCCCCCGGUCACGGAGGUGGACAUCGUGACGAUCCCCCAAAACACUGACCUGAGCCCAUCCUUGGUGAAGAUCUUGCCAGCGCCCAUGGAUCAUCUGGAGAGGCAGAGUAGCAUGUCGAUUCUCUCAGUGCGUACUUCAUAGACAAGUAG